AUGGACCGCCUGCCGAAGCGCGACGCCAACCACGUGCCGCUGAGCCCGGUCACCUUCCUGCCACGGGCAGCGGCCGUGUACGCCGACCGCACCUCCGUCGUCUGCGGUGGCACCGCCUUCACCUGGCGCCAGACGCACGAUCGCUGCGUCCGCCUGUCCGCCGCGCUGCAGGCGCUCGGCGUCGCCCGGAACGACGUCGUCUCCGUGCUCGCGCCCAACACGCCCGCGCUCUACGAGAUGCACUUCGCGGUGCCCAUGGCUGGAGGCGUCAUCAACGCCAUCAACACCCGCCUCGACGCCGCCGGCGUCGCCGCCAUUCUUCGCCACGCCGCCCCCAAGCUCAUGUUCGUCGACUAUCAGUACAUCCGUGUCGCCACCGACGCGCUCAAGAGCGUCGCCUCGACGUCCCUGCCGCUGCUGGUGGUCAUCGACGACAUCGACGCGCCGACGGGGGUGCGCGUGGGCGAGCUGGAGUACGAGGGCCUGGUGGCGCGCGGGGACCCGGCGAGGCACCCGCCGCGCGAGGUGGUGGACGAGUGGGACGCCGUCGCGCUCAACUACACCUCCGGCACCACGUCGGCUCCCAAGGGCGUCGUGUACAGCCACCGGGGCGCCUACCUCAGCACGGUCGGGCUGCUGCUCCAGUGGGGCGUGGGCCACGAGCCGGUCUACCUCUGGUCGCUCCCCAUGUUUCACUGCAACGGCUGGACCUUCACGUGGGGCGUGGCAGCGCGCGGCGGCGCCAACGUCUGCGUCCGCGCGCCGACGGCGGACGCCAUGUACUCCGCCAUCGUCGACCACGGCGUCACCCACAUGUGCGUCGCGCCCGUGCUCUUCAACGUCCUCCUCGACGCCCACCGCGACCCGCUGCCCCGCGCUGUCGAGGUGCUCACGGGCGGCGCCCCGCCGCCUGCCGCGCUGCUCGAGCGCGUCGAGCGGCUCGGCUUCCACGUCACGCACGCCUACGGCAUGACGGAAGCGACCGGCCCGGCCAUGGUCUGCGAGUGGCGGGAGCGAUGGGACGCGCUGCCGGCGCCGGAGCGUGCUGCGCUCAAGGCGCGGCAGGGCGUGAGCGCGAUCUCCCUCGCCGGAGCCGACGUCAAGAACCUCAAGACCAUGGCGAGCGUGCCCCGCGACGGCACCACCCUCGGCGAGAUCGUGCUGCGCGGGAGCAGCGUGAUGAAGGGGUACUACAAGAACCCGGAGGCCACGGACGCGGCGUUCCGCGACGGGUGGUUCCUGACGGGCGACGUGGGCGUGGUGCACCCGGACGGGUACGUGGAGAUCAAGGACCGGUCCAAGGACGUGAUCAUCUCCGGCGGCGAGAACAUCAGCAGCGUGGAGGUGGAGGCGGCGCUGUACGGCCACCCGGCGGUGCAGGAGGCGGCGGUGGUCGCCAUGCCGCACCCGCACUGGGGCGAGACGCCGUGCGCCUUCGUCGCGCUGAAGAAGGAGUUCGACUCCGGCGCCGGCGAGGUGAGCGAGGAGGAGCUGGUGGCCUUCUGCCGGAGUAAGAUGGCGCACUUCAUGGUGCCCAGGAAGGUGGUGUUCGUCGACGAGCUGCCCAAGAACGCCACGGGCAAGGUGCAGAAGCUCGCGCUGCGCGAGAGGGCACGCGGGCUCAGGCCCAGAGAUUCCGACAAGAAGAAGCCCGACCCCUCCCGGCCCGCCACGUUGACCGCAUUGUCCAGGCUUUGA